AUGCAGAGAAAUCUCAGCAUUACCAGUGCGAUCAACAAUAAUCCCAUCAGGCCUUCUUCAUCUUCCAACGUCACGAACAUUGCUAAUACGCAGGCCAAGAUGCACGUCCUCCAACCAGUCCCUGUUCCGAAAGGAACUCCAGCUUUUGAAGAGAAACGCGAAAAAGUCAUCGCUGAACUUGAAGCUUCGAUUCCGAAGGACUUUUGGCUCCCGGAAUCUUUCUUCAAGAACCCACCUUUGGACGUCACGUCUGUUCCUUCGACAUGUGGAACUCUGACUCCUGCGGAGAUCAUCAUUACAGAGCAGUAUGAUGCUACGGGCUUGGCAGCUGCUAUUGCGAAGAAAGAUUUGAGUGCUGUAGCCGUUGCCACGGCAUUCUGUAAACGUGCCGCCAUUGCGCAUCAGCUUACUUGUUGUCUCACGCAGUAUUUCAUGGAUGAGGCUUUGGAUCGUGCAAGAUACCUGGACGAGUAUCUUGCCACUCAUGGAAAGACUGUUGGUCCUCUGCAUGGCGUGCCAAUCGGCGUGAAGGAACACAUGGCGAUCAAAGGCCAUUGGUCGAGCUGGGGUUACUUUGAUACCAGGGCUUGGAGUGAAGAGGACUCUUUGCUCGUGAAGAUAUUGAGAAAUGCUGGGGCGGUUUUCUAUGUCAAGACGAAUCAGCCGCAGGGAAUUAUGCAUUUGGAGAGUGAUGGAUGGGUGGGAAGGGUGAACAAUCCGCAUAACGUGAAUCUUUCGUCGGGAGGAUCGACGGGAGGGGAGAGCGCAUUGCUGGCAAUGAAGGGGAGCGUGCUGGGCUUAGGGACUGACAUUGGUGGCUCGAUUCGUGGCCCGUCAGCCUUCUGCGGUGUCUUCGGAUAUAAGCCAACUUCCUACACCGUCACGAUGAAAGACAUGAUACCCAUCGGCUUCCCAGCAGAACUCAACGUCCUCUGCUCUAUUGGGCCCAUGUCGCGCACUCUCCGCGACGUCGAACUCUUCAUGCAGAUCGUUGUGGGCAGUAAGCAAUACCUACACGACCCACGCAUCAUUCCCUUCCCAUGGACCGGGCUGUCGACUCCACGACCCAACCAACCCAUCAAGAUCGGUAUCAUGCUCAACGAUGGAGUCAUCACACCUCAGCCUCCUGUCCUUCGAGCUCUGGAAUGGGCUCAGGAUCGACUAAGCCAAGACUCGAACUUCAUCCUCAAACCUUUCAAGCCUUACCGUGCGGACCUUGCUAUGAAGUAUAUCGGCGAGAUGUACUGGCCUGACGCAGGUAUCAACACGAAAGUUGCUCUCAAGAAGACUGGAGAGCCGAUGCACCCUUUGACCAAGACGGUGCUUUCUCCAAUGACAACGGACUUCGUCGACACUGAAGGUCCGGAAAAAGAGCAGACUGCAACUGAAAUCACGCUGCAACGUGUCAGACGUGAUGAUUUCAGAUGUGAAUUUGUGGAGAGCUGGAAUGAACAGGAUGUUGAUGUCGUCCUCGCACCCUGUUUCGUUGGGCCAGCCAGUAAGCAUGAUACCGCAUUUUAUUGGAAUUAUACUGCACUGUGGAACUUCGUGGAUUAUCCAGGAAUUGUUGUUCCUACGCCUGUGAAAGUGGAAGGAAAUGAAAAGUAUACUAGCGAUUGGAAGGCGCUGAGUGAGAAGGAUGCCCAAGUGAGACAACUGUGGGAAGAGGGAGGCUUUGAGAACGCGCCGAUCAAUCUGCAAGUUAUUGGAAGGAGGUACCAUGAUAAUCAAUUGAUUGGUAUUGUUGGAGAGUUGGGGAAGGUUUUGGGCUUCGCAUGA